AUGGAAGAAGAAAUGCAAAUGAUUAGAAAAUAUAAAACAUGGGAACUGGUUGAAAGGCCAAAGGAUAAAAAAGUGAUCGGUGUAAGAUGGGUGUUCAUAACCAAACUAAAUGCAGAUGGUUCAAUAAACAAGCACAAAACCAGGCUUGUUGUCAAGGGAUAUGCUCAAGAGGAGAUUUUUGUUGAGCAACCAGAAGGAUUUGUUGAAGACAAGGUGUAUUUGCUCAAGAAGGCCCUCUAUGAUAGCAAUACCAAGCUCAUUGAUGAAUUCAAAAAGGAGAUGAUGCUGAUUUUUGAAAUGACAGACCUUAGUGUGUUAACUUACUUCCUUGGAAUUGAAAUCAAACAAAGUAAAGGUGAAGUAUUUAUUUGUGAAAGGAAGUAUGCAAAAGAAAUACUGAAAAAAUUCAACAUGGAAGAAUGCAAGGCAACAACAACACCAAUGAGUCAAAAGGAAAGUCUAAGCAAGGAUGACGCACAUGAUAAGGUGGAUGAAAGCUAUUUUAGAAGCUUAAUUGGAUGUUUGAUGUAUCUAACUGCAACCAGGCCAGAUAUCAUCUUUACUGUAAGCAUUCUCUCUCGCUUCAUGCAUUGUGCAAGUGAAAUGCAUCUUAAAGCAGCAAAGAGAGUUAUGAGGUAUAUCAAAGGGACUGUUAAUUUUGGUGUGAAGUUCAAAAGUUGUCAAAAUUUGCAGCUCAUAUACUCAGACAGCGAUUGGGGUGGAUCUGUGGAUGAUAUGAAGAGCACUUCAGGGUACUGUUUUAGUUUGAGAUCAAGUAUUUUCUCUUGGUGCUCCAAAAAGCAAGAAAUCACAGCAUAA